CCUGUCAAUACAAAAAAGCCACCAAGCUCAUCAAGAGCUCUACACACACACACAUCCACACACCCACACCCACACAUCCAGGCACACAUCCCCAGCUGUCGGUAAACAAAUGAGCGGCAGCAAGCGCGAGUCGAUGGCGGAGCGCGUCCGAACGAGCUUUGGAUCGCUCGACAGCGAGCUGCCAGAGAGCCGCCGGAGCAGCGGCAGUGCCUUCUCAACUGACAGUGCAGCAGGGAGCCAUCGCGACAGCCGAGGGAGCCGAGGGAGCCGGGGGAGCCGGGAGAGCCGAGGGGAGAUCAGCGUCGUUGCACUGGAAGACGCGUCGCGACUGCUGACCCACUCGGCCACCCACGCAGCCGCCGUCGCCGAGUCUGGCACCGGCACUUCUGGCAGCGGCCAUGGCAAUGGCAGUGUCAGUGUCAGCGUGAGUGGCAGUGGCAGUGGCAGUGCGAGCAAGCGCAGCAGCGCCGCGUCCGAGCUCGAUCCCUACGCAAACAUCGACCAUGUGGACAACCUGGACGGGCGCAACUCCAUCCCCGACGUGGCUGGGUCGUACUACACGAGCCGGGACUUCCGACGGGCGACUGCGUCGAGUGAUGCUGCUGCUGCUGCUGCUGCUGCUGCGACGGGCGCCCACGCGGGCAGGACCAAGCGGAGGAGCCUGAUUGAGCGGAUGCGGCAGCGUUUGUCGUGGCGCAGAUCGAGCGGAGGGAUUCUGACGCACCAGGACCAGGACGACCUCGACCGCGAGGAGCGCAUCCAGCGCCAGCUCAUCGAAGACGCUGAGGAAAACACUCCGCUCGUCGCUGGCACGCUCGCAACGGUCCUGCUGAUUCCAGACUGGGUCGUUGCGGCACGAGUCGCGGCGGCGCUGAUGCUCGUGACUGGCUUAGUGCUGACGUGCAUUGCGAGCGCACAGCUGCACUUGCUCCAAAUGCCGCAGCGCAUCAUUGAGGGAUGCCGCUUUGAAGGUCACGGCGGAUUCCUGACCGUCUGCGCGUCGGGGCACUGUGCAGGACAGCCGUUCAACGAGUGCUUUACCUGGCACUCGCUCUUGCACUACUCGCAGCUCAUCAACAUUUUCGCUGUCGGCUUUGCAACGAGUAUGGUGUACAUUCUCGUGUCCGCUGGAACGGUUGCAAGGUUACUCUGGGUGCCACGGCGUCUGGAUGUCUGGCCGCUCGCGCUGCUGUGCACCGCGGCCGUCAACAUUCUCUUUAGCUUUGGAUUCAUCCUCGUGUUGCAGCAAAACCCGACCUUGCUCUGGGACAUUUUCUUUGAGGGCAUGCCCGUGCUGGAUCUUCCGCUCGACCUUGACUCUGGUGGCGUGUACCUGAUUGUCGCCUUCUGCCUCACGAUGAGCGCCGUCGCACUCGAGUUGCUGGUCUUCCGAUUCCGAUGGCGCGUUCACAAGCGGCAUACCAUCUAUUCCCCGAUUUUGUAGCCAAUGAUGUGUGUUGUACUUUGCAUUGUUUCUAUUGGAAAAUGCACAUCCGAAGGGGGAAA